AUGGAAACUUAUCACGGCUUCGUGCGGACGCCCGCCGAUGCGAUAAAGCUAUUUGAGGUUUGCAGACUUGGCCUAUUACCCCGAGUCCAAAGGCGGUUAUCAGAAAAGGAAAGAAAAUCGAUUAGAUCCGGCUCAGUCUUUGUAUGGGAUGAACGUGAAGCAGGCAUGCGAAGAUGGACCGAUGGAAAGUCUUGGAGCGCAAGCAGAGUCUCGGGCAGCUUUCUGACCUACAGAGAAAUGGAAGGCAAGCGAGGGACUGAAUUUGGCAGCUCGCGGCGGAUCAACGGAAGGACACCGGAGAGCGGUCGACUCAGUGAUGAAUACCUGGACGGCGAACCGAAAAGUUAUCAAUACAAGGCGGAUGGCCUCAUGAAGCAAUCCUUCAGUAUUACAACAUCCACUGGUCAGCACCUGCACAUGAUAUCAUACUAUUCCAGGCCGCAUCUAAAAGCUCCUGACAUGCCUCAGCCGAGCACUGAUCCACAAUUACGACACGUCAGUUCGGCCAAGGGCAUAUAUCCCGACUCGAGCCUACACGACGCGAGUCCACCUAAGAUGGCACCUCACAGACGGGAGCGGCAGCCUGUUCAGAGGCCACCUCAGCUUCCCUCGCCACCACCCAUUACUUCUGCUUCUGCAUACCAGGCAACUAUCUACGAUAGGGCUCUAAGUCCUUACAAGCACGGCCGGCUGCCUCCGCUCACCAGAGCCACGGCUAACAGAGCGUCACCCCUGAUGCUCGGACAAGCGCCGAACUUAUCCUCGCAGUCGCAACAGCUUCAGAUACAAACUGCGCAGGUAGCUCAAGCAGCUCACUCCGCCAUGCUCGAUCCUCGUCAGACGGAGGCUCAUCCUGACGAAGACAUUGACGAAUUUUACGACUCGCAUGAAUACGCAUUCACGUGCUUGGCUAGCCUGGCGAGUAGAGCUGUUCAAGUGAUUCGAGGUACAAACUUCUCGGCUGGCUCGAAUACCCCAGAAGCAGCACGAUCGCAAGCCGAUUCCCGUGAGAAAAAAAGCAUCAAAUUACUUGUGCCAGUAGCGAACAUAUGCGAAUCAGAUAUGCUUGCAAGCAACAACGCCACCGAUGCUACUACCGCUAACAUUGCUGCCACGGCUCAAGCCAAAGCUCACACGACCGAUAGGUUUCCUACAGAGGGUACACUCAUGGGCAAAGAAGCCCAGCCAGAAAGCGAGGAAGGUCAAGCGGAUGAGCGCCAAGAGCACGAGAUUGCUGCUCUCCUUGAACACCGUAUGAUUGGUGAUAGAACUGGAAUCGUCGAACUACUAGUUCAUUGGGUUGGUGAAGUGGCCGAGGAUGCCACGUGGGAAUCGGAAGACGAGAUCCAGAGGGGCGCAGAAGACGCUCUCUAUACCUACUGGAGUACUCAAGGUGGGCGACGGAAUGCGCUUUUCAUCAUACCCAAGAACCCUCCUCCUGAGAGAUAUCACAUGUUCAGGAUCCUUGGCCACGAGAGGAAAUCGGGAGGAGCUUUCCUGUUCAGGGUACAGUGGGUUGGUCAUCCUAACACACGGGGUGAAACGUCAAUGGAGGCUGAGACCAAGCUCAGGAAUGUAGCGCUGGAGCUACUGGACCGAUACUGGGAGAGUGUCGGCGGCCGUGACAGCCACGUGGUGAAGCGUGGCCGUAACAAAAAGGCCAGAAGCAAGUAG